UGGACACACAAAUUCACUAAUUAUUCCCAUUUCAAAUCUUGAAGCUAUGGGGAUGCCAGAUUUCAUGCCAGCAUCCCACAAUAAUGUCUUUCUGACCAUUAAUUUAUUGCUAAAUUGAAUCCCACAUUAACUUCCUCCACCAGCCCUCUCUUACUUUUUUUUUUCUUGAAUCUUUUCAAUUUUUUUUUUUUAAUGUUUUGUUUCUCUCUGUAGUUUUGACUUUGCAGGUUUCUUUAUGAAGUAAAAAUUAAGUGAAACCACCUAGAGAGUCUUUAUCACCAUUGCAUUUUCCUUUGCAUUUAUUGCUGCUACCUAGCUUCCACCUUUUGAAUCCUUUCUUCUUCUCCCUUCUUGAUGAUUCCAGCCUAAGAAACUUUUCCCAGUUUUUUUUUCUUUGAUUUCUUGAGAAAUCAAGAACUGGGUAUCUGCAAAAUGGAUGAAAAAUCGUUUCUUUCACCGUUUCAUCAGCCAAUUUUCCUCCCUCAGCCGCUGCCACCGCCACCGCCGCGCAGCGGCGGUGGCGGGUUUAGCCUGAACAACAAGGUAAGUCCGAGUAUACUUCUGAUCAUCAUAAUUCUUGCGAUAAUUUUCUUCAUAUCCGGGCUGCUCCACCUCCUGGUUAGAUAUCUUUUGAGGCCUUCAAGUAGAGAUCCAGAUGAAGUGGACAAUCUGACGGCUCUCCAAGGCCAAUUGCAGCAGCUUUUCCACCUCCAUGAUGCUGGGGUGGACCAGUCUUUCAUUGACACCCUCCCAAUCUUCAACUACAAAGCCAUAAUUGGUGUGAAAAACCAGAACCACUUUGAUUGUGCGGUGUGUUUGUGUGAGUUUGAGGGGGAAGAUAAGCUGAGAUUGCUCCCCAAAUGCAGCCAUGCCUUCCAUAUGGAGUGUAUAGACACUUGGCUUUUGUCCCACUCCACUUGCCCUCUCUGCAGGGGAAGCCUCCUCCCUGAUUACUCCAUGGCUAAUUCCCCUAUAGUCCUGGUUCUUGAAUCUGGGGGUGAGAGCUCAAGGGAAAUGGGGGAGGGUGGUUUGGGGAAUUCACAUAGUUUUGAUGAUGAUGAUUUGCAGAAAUCAUGUGAGAUGAUUCUUCAAGAGAAGGGAGAGGGAGAGGGAGAGGGGGGUAAUCAAGAAAAAGUUGUGAAGGUGAAGCUUGGGAAGUUCAGGAAUGUGGAUUCUUGUGGGGAGGGGAGUAGUAUUGGGAAUGGGAAUGAUAGUGAGAUUGAUUCAAGAAGGUGUUUUUCUAUGGGGUCAUUUGCUUAUAUUAUGGAUGAGAAGUCAUCUCUUCAUGUACCCAUUAGGAUGAAGAAACAGUCCAGCAAGAAGAAGCCACUCACACCAGGCCACAGGGUUGCACUGUCUGAGUGUGGGGGGUGUGAUUCAAGAAGAGACUUCAAUGGGUUUGAAGCUUUUAGGUUUUCUGAGAUUCAAACUAGUGCUACUAGUAGUAAUGGGAAUGAGAUGAUCAACAAGGUAGUUAAAGAAGGUAAAAGAGAGAGCUUUUCAGUUUCCAAGAUUUGGCUCAGGGGAAAUAAGGACAACAACAGGCCUAAUUCCGCCGCCGCCGCCCAAGAGCGGCGUGCCGUCUCAUUCCGGUUCCCGGCACACUCGGCCGUGGCGGGCACGAAGACCAAGAGCGGCGGCGGGGGUGACAGUAGUGUUUCUGAGAUAACGCCGCCCUUUCAGUUCCCCGCGCACUCAGCGGCGGAGGGCGGCACGAGGACCAAGGGUAGCGGGGGCGGCGGCGGGAGUGGUGGUGCAAGUGUUUGUGAGAUUGGCAUUGAUGGGUGUUGUGAUGGGGAAAAUGAUGGCUCCCAUAUUGUGAAUUCUUCACCUUCUUUUGGGAGGAGAACUUUGAGUUGGCUAAUGGGAAGACAAAACAAAGUUGUGCACUCUACAUUCUCAUCAAAUGUCUAA